GAAGCAGAGAGUGAGAUUGGGAGAACGCACACGCCUCUGCCGGGGGGCUGGCAGCUGUGGAAUCCAGAGUCCAGAGCCAGAGUAGGAUGACUCCUUCGGGCCCUGCAGAUACCCAGGGACUCUCAGAACGGGAGCGCAUGACGCAGAUACCAUGAUGGCCCCUUGGGCCCCCGGAUCCGAGUGAGUGACAAGUGCUCCGGGGCCCAGUGCGGGAGAGAGGCGUGCAGAAGAGCAGAGCAGCCUCACACAGUUCCGAGAGAGCUUCUGGCUGGAUUGGUGCUCCUACGGGCUCUGAGACCCAGCACAGAGGCUGGAGGUCCCUGGAGCUGCCCCAGGGGAGAGAUGAAGAUCUGGAGCUCGGAGCACGUGUUUGGCCACCCAUGGGACACUGUCAUCAAAGCUGCUAUGAGAAAAUAUCCAAAUCCAAUGAAUCCUUGUGUGGUAGGAGUGGAUGUAUUGGAUAGGAGCCUUGAUAACCGAGGCAGGUUACAUAGCCAUCGUCUUCUCAGCACUGAGUGGGGACUCCCAGCUCUGGUGAAAGCGGUCUUGGGAACCAAUAGAACUUUGACAUACAUUCAAGAGCAUUCUGUUGUAGAUCCAGUUGGAAAAAAGAUGGAGUUAUGUUCUACCAAUAUCACACUCACAAAUUUGGUGUUGGUGAAGGAGAGGUUGGUGUACACACCUCAUCCCGACAACCCUGAACUGACGGUGCUGACACACGAAGCAGUCAUCACUGUGAAGGGAUUUAGUUUAGGCAGCUACUUGGAAAGUCUUAUGGCAAACACCAUCUCAUCCAAUGCACGGAAGGGGUGGGCUGCUAUUGAGUGGAUAAUUCAAAAUUCAGAAAAUACUGUAAGCUAACUGCAUCCACACCUACCAUUUGGGAUAAGUAGUGGCAACUACAGCAUUCAUUAGCCCUGGGUCGAGAUGGCUUGGAGUGGGUGAUCAGCAGACUUAAUGCAGAAUUUGAGGAACUAGCAGCACCGCCUUGACUAAGGAUGCAGCAGCAGCAACAGCAGCAGCCUCCAGAUGCCAGCAAUGUGGAACUUCCAGAAGCCUAGAUAGGUCACGGAUAUCAUUUUCCCUACCUAGUACCAUCUUGGACUGUUUGUGCAAUUUGUGCUCUGCUCCAUUCAUCAGACCAUCAGCUAUUAAUACACGCCCGGAACAUCGUUGCAAGUUUGGUUAGGAAAUUAAUUCUAAAGGAGCCUGUGAAGUCAUAUGAUGGCUUUUGGUGGGGGUUGUGGGGAGGGUCAUAUGGUUUUUUCCUAAGAAAAAUUAACCUUUUUCACCAAGUGAGUUAAAUGUAAAUCUUUGACCUUUUUUUUCCCCUAAGAGGGAUGAAAAUAAUAUUAGUUAGGAGUCACGAAGUUGAAAUUAAGAUCUCAAAAACCAACGAAAAAAGACAUUCUCUGUGAUUUCCAAAGUAAGAAAGGGUCUAAUUUCUUUACAUUGUAACACAGUAGUUCAUUAAAGUGUAUCCUUAGAUCUUGAAAAUUCGCUGCAAUCAAAGGCAGAAAUGCUUCCAUUGUCUAACUGAGACAAGAAGUCAUUUUCAUGGACUAGAGCAGGGGGCUUAGCUCUGUUGGGUCACAGGUCCCUUUGGCAGGCUGAUGAAGCCUGUGGAGCUCUGAGUUCUCAGAAGAUAGAUUUUUAAUGCAUCAAAUAAAAUAUUUAGCCUUUCAAAGGAAGCCAAGGAGAUUGAACACCAUUUCUCAAAAGGGUUUUUGUUUUUUUAAGUUCAUAGACUCCAGGUAAAUAAUGCUAGGCGAGAGGGGCAUUGGCAAAGCACAACUGAACAUGGCUGCAGACGGGUUCUAUUACUGGAAGGUCUCCACACCCCUCCUCUAGCAAGUAUCUUCCUGUCAGGCUUAUUGACCUUCCAUGAACCUAUAUCCAUUUUGCACAUACAGCAACCCCACUUAGGAGAUUUCAUUGCCUCACCCUAACAGCAGAAUUUAGGGGGAACUUAAGAGAUGGGAUUUGACUAGAAUUAUAUAAUUAAUCAUUUGCAUAACAAAUUAUUAUUUUAUUCUAGUAUUUGGAAAUGGGAGUGGGAAUAUAUUUUCUUAAUUUAUGUUUAUUAUAAUUAAUAUGACUAGCUAAGUUGUUUCAGAUACUUCAAGGAGAACUAUUUUGCUAAUGUAUUCUUUGCUUUGGGUGCAUGAAAUUCUCUCUCUCUGUCUCUCUGUCUCUGUCUCUGUCUGUCUCUCUCCCUCUCCCUCCCUCCCUCCCUCCCUCUUUUUCCAUCUCUCUCCCUUUGUCUCUCUGUUUCUUUCUCCCUCACUUUCUCCCUGUCUCUCCCACCCACUCCCACCUCUGUCUCUCUGUGUGUCUCUCUCUCACACACACACAAAAAGACUACCCAUAUUUCCCAAGCUAGAAGUUCAGGAGCUACUCAUGAACUUGAUCUUACACAUAAGUUUGAUCUGCCAUUUCCAAUUGGCAUCACUGCGCCUCUCUGUAGGCAGCCUAAUAACCUUGUGCUUUUGGAUGCUCAAACAGAUUCAGUGCAAAGAUUUGGUAGGUCUAACCUACUGCAGUUCAGAACUCCCAGGCUCAAGAGAACGGGCAGCCUCAGCCUCCCUGAUAGCCAGGAUUAUGGACAUGUGUUACCAUACCUGCUAUCAUGUUUUUUUUUUCAAAACAUAGAACAGAGUCUCCUAUAUUUCUGUCUGAGGUGCAUGUAACAUCCCCGCCCCCCACAGAAACCUAGAACAUAGAGACAUGUUUCAGAAACAAAGACGCGAUCUGGAUGGACCAAAUAUCAGGUAGAUAAUGGGUUUGAAUCCUGUCACGGACACCUGCUAGCUCUUUGAUUCUGGAAAAGUUAGUCAACCUCUCUGAGGUUCAGUUGCCUUAUCUGUUAGAUGGGUUUUAAUAAUAGCAUCUACCUCAUAGCCUGUUAAAAGAAUCACAUGGGAUAUUUUAUAUAUACAUGCACAUAUUUGUGUAUAUAUACAUAUAUGCUUGAUAUAUGUAUAUAUAAUACAUAUGUAUAUAUAUGCACAUAUGAAUAAAUAUUUUCUAAAUCUAAAAGUUCUCUAUAUAAGUACUCUCAUACUAAUAUUACUAUUAUUAUUCUAUCUACUGCACCUAGUUUUUCCUUCUGGGGCCAUGUAGAACAAGUGUAAGCCUUUUUUUUUCAUUAUGGCAGUCCUUUAAACACUUGAAGGCAACUAUCAUGCCUUCAUUUAAGUCUUCCUGUCCCCAGAUCUAUCAAUUAAACCCUCAUAUGGUGGGUGGGUGCGGGUGUCACACACAGAGGCACAACACAUAUUUGCCCUCUUUCACAUGAGCUCCAGUUUACCAUUAUUCUUCCUAAAACACAGAGCCCCAAAUGAAAUUUGAUAUUCCCAGUGUGUUCUGAGCAGGGUCAUUAUCUUCCUCAUCCUGGAACCUGUGCCUUUCUUAAUCCAGCUUAUGAUUACAUUAGCCUUCCUAGCAAAGACGACAUUCUGUUGACAGAUUUUGGGUUGGCCAUCUGCUAAAAUCUUAGAUCUUUUCUUGAUGAAUUUUUAUCUUUGUUGUGUCUCCUCCAUCGAAUACUUGUGAAUUUGGUCCUUUUUUGGAGCCUUAGUACAAGUCUCUACCUUUGUCCUUAUUCGAGUUUAUAUUUUUAGAUUCAGAGAUUCAGUCCAAAGUUCUAGACUGCCAAGAUCUUUAGGGAUGCUGACUCUAAUCCAGUGUGUUAGCUAUCCUUCUCAGUUUGGGAUUACCUUCAAAUUUGAUAAGCUUUCCAUCUAUAUACCUUUAUCUACUAAAUCGGUGAUAAAAAUGUUCAACAGCAGCAGAGAUCCAAUCUACAGAGAGAUUUCAGUGCCCUCCAAUCCAAUAGAGACCUCCUCAUGGUCUUUGUUGAUCCAUCUGGGGCUUGGAUACAGAGCACUGUUUUUAGACAUCACAAGAAGUACAUAAGAAAUUGGAUUUUGACUUUACUAUCUAAAACUUUGGUUAAGUGAGAAGAUAGGCAAGACAUAGAACAAUCAAUAAUCUUUUUUAAGAACAUACGAACAGUCAUGAAUUAGCCUUAAAGCUAAGUACUUAAAUGCUAAAGAGCUCCUAAGGAAGAGAGAAAUAGAAAGCUAAGACCUAAAUGAGCUGAGUUUUAUGCCAAGCAUUGAGCUGGAGAUAUGAAUUAGCAGAAUGGAAGGCGUUCAUAAUCUAGUGUAAAAAUACCUUUUCGUUCUGGUAAAUUGUCUUAAAUUCCCAAUUAAAAUUUUUUCUUACUGUUUGGUAAAAUGGUGUUUUUUUAAUGCAGCAUCCACAAAAAAUAACUGUAUACCCCAAAAUUUGAAGUUGUUGAAAACCAAAGAAGUGUUAAUAGCAUAGAGCCAAGAGUUAGACUUUGGAUAGUUCCUUAGAUGUGAAUAUCAGCUGAUAAAAUCUUCCAUUUAGUCUUUCUUCUGCAGACUUGAAUUGCAAUUGGAGGAGUAAAUUUAAUUGGAUUUGGAAUCAUAUUUGGGUCUUUUGGGCCAUAUUGAAACCUAAGACUUUGUGUCAAAAUGUUUUUGGAGGGCAAUUCACUUUAUAAUAGAAUAGAUACCAGUAUUGGAAAAACUAUUAAAGAAUUUUGAAAUUUGAAAGUUCUUUGUGGAGUUUGACCUUUUAAAACUUGAGUGUGCUUGAAUUAUUCUGAUUCUGAGGCACUGAAAACACUACUUAGAAUAGUUCUGGACUUCGAUUUCUUUUCCUUGGUGGUGGCAACUGGAGAGCAAAUGGAGAUAUGAGGGGAAUACAUCAAAACCCUAAAUACCCUCCCAGUGAAUCUUGAUGAGCAUAAAAUGAAAGGCUGAUAUUGUUGAAUGGACCUUCCAACUCCAGUUGCCCAUGGGGUGAAAUCAAAAUUGGUAAUGGGAGAUUCUGUAGCAAAAGACGCUACUUUCUUGGGUGUAGGAGGGAGCCAAUUGCCGUGCCUUACUUAAGGCCAUGGGCCAUUAGACCUGAGGAAUUAUAGCUAGAUGGAAUGGUUUAGGAAAUUUAAAUACUGCCUCUAGGCUGAGGCUUUCUUUUAUGUGUUCUAUGCCUCUGUUGGUUGUAAAUUCCAUGAGGAAAAGGACUAUGUAGCAACUAAAUUGUUAAGAUGCUCAAGGGUAUGGAUUAGAUUUCCAACACUGGUACAAAGUAGACAUUUAGUUACAUGUUGACUGAAUAAUCAAAUUAUAUUAGUGGCUCACUGGAAAGGAGUAAGUUGAAAUUUAUUCACAACUUACAUAACAUGGAAUCUCUGAUUAUCAUGAAAAAAUGCCUCUGUAUAUUGCAUGCUUAUAUUGACCAGAUUGCCCUCAACGUGAAGUAAAGAUCAUGCCAAAUACUAAUUUAAUUGCAUUUUAAGUAUUCUACCUUAUUUCAUAUAUGUACCCUCAUAUAAACUUUGUGGCCAUAUUAAAUCCUGCCUUCAUAUAGAUAACAAAAAGAAUCUCUUGUGCAUUUACACAACAGCCUCAAUUAUAGUUUCUAGAGAGUUUUUAGAACUCUAAUUGUUGAUUUACAAAUUGGGAUCAGUGACUAGAGAGGAGGAGGCAUAUAUGGAAACUCAGCAGUGAAAUGCUAAAAAUGGAGUGCUACCUCAGAAGAUUGAUGAUUUGGGAAGGCUAACUCAGUUAAUAAUAGAAUAGAUACCAGUGUUGAAGAAACUAGGGAGGACCUGGAUUCAAAUAUGGCCACAGACACUUCCUAGCUGUGUGACCCUGGGUAAGUCACUUAAUCUCAGUUACCUAGCUCUCACCUCUCUUCUGCCUUAGAACCAGUAGGUAGUAUUGAUUCUAAGACAAAAAGUAAGGGGAUUUUUUUUUAAAGAAAGAAAAUGUCCCAGAUAAAUUAGUAAGAGGUAGUGUGAAACAAAAUGUGAAUAGUAGAGUUUAUUAGGCCAUAAUACCCAAAGGUGUUGAUGGCAUGAACCCCAGAACCAAGCAGCUUUAGAUUCCAACUCUUCUAUUCAGCACCUUUAUGGUUUCACCGAUUCUUUUCAUUCACCCAUUACUUUUACAGAGGGUUAAAAAAAAAAGGGUAACAAUUCUCAGAUCGUGUAGUCUUGAGAGCCUUUUGCCUAUAGCUUCUCUCUAUUUUUUAGAAAAAUAAAUUACUUUCAAUAUUGACCCAAAAUAAGAAUGUGUUUAAAAACACUCACUAAUUGGGUCUUGAGGUUUCUUUCAUGGUAUAAUCAAGAUACAAAGAAGCUGAUUUAUCUACCUUUUUAUCCACUAGAAAUCUUUUUUGACUUCUUCAACAUUUUAUUGAUACCAAUAACUGAUUCAAUUCGACUAAACCCAUAAACAUAGUAGCCAUAUUUUAUGAACUAAAAAUUGUGACACAUAAUCUAACAAUGUUGCUUUGAUGUUAUUAUUGCUUAAGUCUUUCUAUUGAGACUCACAGUGAGUUUUUAUUCUAUUGAAAGCCCUGAGGUGGGAAAAGGAGAUGAUAAUGGUGGUGGUGUGUGCCCUCCCUUAAAAUUGUUUUCCUUUUAUUUGUGCAUGCUUAUUAAACAUGUACAUGUUGUUUCUCUUGAUAGAAGGCAAGCUUUUUGAGCUCAGGGUCCAUAGGGUGUUUUUUUCUUAACCCUAUUGCCUGAUACUUAGUAGGUUCCUGUUGUUUUCCUAUUCUGUCCUAUUAGUUGCGUACGACUUUAUGACCAGAUUUGGAGAUUCCAAAGUAGUUAAUAUCUUUCCCUAGUUCAUUUUACAAACGAGGAAGUUGAGGCAGAGUUGUCACUUGCCCAGGAUCAACCAGCUAAUGUCCAAGACCUGAUUUGAACUUAGGAAUACAAGUUUUCCUGAUGCUAGGUCUGGCACUCUAGUUGCCCAUAGUGUUUAUUGAUUGAUUGAUAAUUGACAUGAUUACUUUCUUCACCAAAUAUAGCCAGAAGUUACUCCACCGUAUAUCAUUGCAGCUCAUUCUCAUUCAUGACUUUCUGGAACCCUUCUAUGAAGGACUCAAUAUGCAGUACCAUUCAUUUGGGAGGAGGGCAGUAACAUUGCCCUUAGGCCAGGUGGUUACUCCUUGAUCUCAAUACAUUCCUGUCCUUCCUCCUUUUUGGGCCAGUCUUAUACAUUUUGCUUAUGUCAUUCCCUGGAACUACAUAUGACAGUCUUUUAACAUCUUCCAUAUGCUUUUCCUUUAUCUCUUGUGCCAUUGGGAAUUUUUAAAAAUCCUUCUAGGAUUGUGGUAUUUCAUGAUUUGUAGCUAUAUAGCAUCUCUGGGGAAAUAAUUUUAUAAGAGAUGGGGUUUUGCAGAAGUGAGCAUUUUGGGAUCACUGCCAGGUUCAUCUUGUUUCUUUAUUUUAUAUGCCCAGUGUCCAAUGCUUAACAGAGUGCUAUGCGUAUUGUGAGAAUUUAAAAAGACUUAAAAAAUUAUCAUAUAAAAACAGACUUUCAUACUGAUCACUGUUUAAGAGCACACUCAUAUAAAACCCAAACCCCGUAAUAAAACCAUAAAUACACACUGAUGUAAAAGGUAGUAUGCUUUGAUCCGCAUCCAUCCAACUCAAUGCUUUUUUCUCUGGAGGUGGGUAAGCAUUUCCUGUCAUAAGUUCUUCACAAUUAUCCCAGAUCAUUGAAUUGCUGAGAGUAGCUAAGUUUUCAUAGUUGAUCAUCAUACAAUAUUGCAAUUACUGACAGUGUUCUCCUGGUUCUGUUUAUUUCACUCUGCAUCAGUGCCUGCAGAUCUUUCCAGCUUUUUCUGAAAUCAUCUUGCUUAUCCUUUCUUAUAGCACAACAGUAUUCCAUCACCAACAUGUACCACAGAUUUGUUUAGAUAUUCUUUAAUUGAUGGUCAUCCCCUCAAUUUCCAAUUCCUUGCCACAACAAAAUGAGCUACUAUAAAUAUUUUUGUACAAGUAGGUCCCUUCCUCUUGUUUAUUAUCUCUUUGGGAUACAGACCUAGUAGUGGUAUUACUAGAUCAAAGGGUAUCCGGUUUUAUAGCCCUUUGGGCAUGGUCCCAAAUUGCCCUCCGGAAUGGUUGGUUCAGUUCCCAUCUCCACCAACAAUCCAUUAGUGUCCCAAUUUUGCCACAUCCCCUCUAAUAUUUGUCACUUUCCUUUACUAUCACUGACCAAUAUGACAUGUGAGGUGAAUGUUUUUUAAGUGUUGUUUUAAUUUGUAUUUCUCUAGUCAAGAGUGACUUAGAACAUUUUUCAUAUAAUUAAUGAUGGCUUUGAUUUCUUCAUCUGAAAAUUGCUUGUUCAUGUCCUUUGACCAUUUGUCAAUUGGGGAAUGGCUUUUAACAAGAUUUUUAAUUAAUUCAUUGUGGCAUUCAGUGCCAUGGCUAGUCCACUACUCCUACUUAUUUUGAACUGAACUCAUGGCAUACCUUUUUGAAAAUUUCCCAGAGGGCCAGCUAGGUGACUCAAUGGAUAAAGAAUCAGGCCUCAAGUCAGGAGGACCUUUGUGCUAAUGUGAUCUCAGAUACUUCCUAGCUAUGUGACCCUGGGUAAAUCACUUUAAGCCCAAUUGUCUUACCACUCUUCUGUCUUAGAACCAAGAUGUAAUAUUGAUUCCAAGACAGAAGCUAAAGGUUUUUUAAAAAGAAAGAAAGAAAAUAUCCCAGAUAAAUUAGUAAUUGUAUAACUGGGCCACUCUUCCAACCACAUUUCAGUCUGGUAAUAUAUGAUUUUUGGAGCAGAUAAAAUAGAAAAUUGAUAUGAUAAAAGUGAAAGGAGAGAAAAAUUAGAAAGUCAGUCCCACAGCUUCAAAGGACUCAUGAUGAAAAAAUGCUCUCCACUGCCAGAGAAAGAAUUGAUGGUCUGAAUGCAGAUCAAAGCAUACCAUUUUUCACUUUAUUUUCUCCCCAAGUUUUUUCUUGCAUUUGCAAUAUGUGUCUUCAUGUAUCCAUAUUAAAUUGUUUACUUGUCUCAGGGAAGGGAGAGGGGAGAGAGGGAGGGAAAAAAAUUUAGAUUGCAAAAUGUCAGAAAACAAAUGUUAUAAAUCAUUUCUAACUGCUGGAUUUGGAUACAGAUUGAAGCAUACAUACUAUUUCUCACAUUAGUUUACUGGUGAUCUUUUUAAAUUUUGUUAUGAGUGUUCUCUUACAGCAAUGACCAAUAUGGAAAUAUGUUUUGCAUGAUAAUACAUGUAUAAUCCAGAUCAAAUUGCUUACUAUUUUUGAGAGGGGGAGGAAAGAAGGGAGGGAAGGAGACACUUUGGACUUUAUAAUUUUUGAAAGCAUGUUUGAAAUUGUUAUUAUGUGUAAUUGGGAAAAGAAAAUAUCUUUGAAAAUUAAAUAAGUUGUUUCUAGAAGUGACUGGGAAAAAUAUGAUAAAAUAUUACUGGGGGGUGGGAGUGGGCUAAAUGAAGAAAGAAAAGAAAAGAAAGUGAGUCUCAGUCCUUUGAUAAAGAAGAUCUCUUCCAAAAGCCCCAUUUCCUCUUUUUUUAGAUUAGAAGCAACAUUUCUGUCCAUUCACACAGCCGCCACCAUUGUUUCAGUCCUUAUUGCCUCCACCAGAGAUAUCAAACACUUGGCUCACAGGCUACAUGGGGCCUGAAACACUUGGAGAGAAGCAGCCAGAACCAGUUUAAGAUAUAAUUGGGAAAUAUCUAACAAAAUGAAGAAAAGUAGACACAGAAUGGAUGAAGUUAAUUUGUGGUUUUCUAAGUCAAUAUGAACAGUUGUCCACUCAAUUGAAUUUGAUACUACUACUGACCCACAUACUACUACCUGCAGUAGUCACUUAAUUGUUCCCCCAGCCUCAAGUUUCUCCCCUCUUCAAAUUAUUUACACAACUGCCAACCUGAUCUUCCAAGAAUGCAAAUCUCACCAUGUCACUCUCCAACUCAAAUAUCACUGUGGCUCCCUAUUACCUCCACAGUCAAAGACAAACUAUUUCUAUGCAUCUGUAUCUAUAUUCUGAGAGAGAGAGAGAGAAUGAGAAUGUAUUUACUGUCUCCCCUGGCUAGACUGUAAUCUCUUUUGGGGAAAGAAACUGUUUUUACUUUUGCCUUGAAUCCUAUUUCUGAAAACUAUAUAUUAUAGGUAUAAGGCAAUUAAAAAAUGCUUAUUGGUGAACUAAUUAAAUACAGAAAGACAAUGGAGAACAUAAUAGUAAGUUUUAGGGCACAUAGAAAUGAAAGUCAUCUGUACUCCCCAGAAAAACCCAGGUUCAGUGAUUAUAUUUUUCUUUUUUUUAACAUUAUUUUAUUUGGUCAUUUUCAAACUUUUUUUUUAAAAUCUGAUCAUAAACUUAAUCUUAAUCAAAGGAACAUUAAAAAAAACAAAAACACGAAGUGAAAUCUAACUCCAAGCUUUUCGUCUUUUAUAAGGUAGUACCGAAUGUAUUCAACAACAAAGAAAAAAAAAGGAAAGGUUUUUGUUCUGUGGUUCUAUGCCUAUAUCCAAGUUCCACCAUUGUUGGCUCCCUGUUUUCUUUCUCCUCCCUGUACUUAUAGUCAGUGUACAUACUAUUCUGCUCAUGCAGGACUAUUACUAUUCCUUCCUUUAAAAAUGUUUUAAUUUCUUUUGUUUUUGGAUCACUUUCAUUUCUUAAUAUGUCCUUCCCCCUCCUCUAUGAAUCAAUCUAUCCCUUGUCAUAAAGAAUAGACAACAGGGGGAAGAUGCAGUUCAGCAAAACUAACCACGAUGUGUAAUAGAGGGGUUUUAUGUGGGGAGAGAAUGGAGUCUUCCCUCCCUCAAGAUCAGAGCCAAGGGAGGAAGAGUUGAUGGUGGUCUGGAACCAAUAGGUAGAAGGAGGGUGACUCGGUUGUUUUCCCCCUUCCAGUCCUCUUUAGUUAUGGCUCCUCACUAAGCCUGCCUGUCCACUCCCCACUGUUUGGUUUCUUCUAAAUAACAGGAUUCUUUAAUCUGGGGAGAGAGGUCACCUCUCUCUUCCCCCUCAGUUGUACCUGCCCUUCCCUCAGUCUUGAGUCAGUUGAGUUUGUUAAUGAGUUUAUUCUAACAGCAGGGAUGAAGGAUAAGGUUGAAUAUCUGGUAAACUGGGGUCAGGAGGGAAGAGGGAAAAGGGGAUCCCUAGAUGUCUAAACUUCCCCCCAAAAUUAGGUAACCCAGGUUUGGUGGCCUGAGCUCCUGAGAGGUUCAGAGCAUUGAACCCUGGCUUCUGACCCUGCACAGCAGGUAUCCCCAAGUUCAGGGUAAGAGGAAAUUAGGAUAAAUCUUCUGGUGGACUCCUUUUCUCUGCAAUUCUCUGUCCACUCAUUGGUCUGGGAGGAUGGGGAUUAGGUUCAGGGAAAGGAAAGAUUUCUGAGAUUGGGAUCCAGUCAGAUAUUGACCCUCUCCUCAGGAGGUCUCCUGAGAGAGAGCAGACCAACUUGACAACACCUGGGUUGAUCCUUUCCCAAAGUUCCAAAUCCUUCUCCGCCCAUUCCCCCUGCUGCUGAUGGAAUCUUUGCAGUUUCCCCAGGCUUUUCCAUUUCCAAAAGUCUGGGUUGGUCUCUCUCACAGAUGUCAGUAUUCUGAAAGUUGAUGCCCUGUUGCAGCCUCAUAGCCUGUGCAAAGGUAGGAGAGAGGACCAUUUUUUAAAUGCCGCCUUCAGGGCCAGCUUUGGCCAGUCUAAUUACAUAGCUUUCAGUUUCUAUGUUGGUUGUGUUUCCAUUUAUAUUGUUGCAAUCUUCGUCCAUAUUCUUUGUCUGGUUUUGUUGACUUUACUUUUAAUCACUUCACUCCUCAUCCUCCUUUGAGUUACUAAUUUCAUAUUUUCCUGCUACAUGGUGAUAUUUUAUAACAUUUAGGUAUGCCAAUCUGGUCAGGCAUUUCCUAUUGGUGAGUAUCUACUUCAUUUUGAGUUCUUUGAUUAAAAAAAAAUGUUGCUAAGAAUAAAGGAACUUUGCCUUUGGACCAGUUGGGCCAAGGCAGUAAGAUUUCUGGGUUAAAGAGAAUGGAUGUUUUAGUCUAUUAACUUUUUUGCACAAUUCCAAAUUGCUACUCAGAAUGAUUGGACCAAUUCAGAAUUCCACCUCCUAUUUGUUCUUUUAAAAAAAGAGGAAAGGGAAUACUUGGCUACUCUCAGCAACACAGUGAUGCAGAACAAAUCUGAGGGACAUAUGAAAAAUAACACUCUACACCUUCAGAGAAAGAACUGUGGGAGCAGGAAUGCAGAUGGAAGCAUAUGAUUUUUCACUUGUUUACUUGGGUUUAUGUUUUGGGGUUUUGACUUCAUAAGAUUAGUCACUCAAAAAAUGAACAAUAUGGAAAUGUGUUUUGCAUGAUAACACAUGUAUAACCCUGAUUAAAUUUCUUGCUAACUGGAUGGGAAGAGGGAGACAAUUUUGGAAAACUUGUGUGGAAAUUUGUUAUUAUAUGUAAUUGGUAAAAUAAAAUAUUUCUGUAAUUAAAAAAGAAGGCAAAAAAUAAA